CGCCAGCGUCAUGGCCCCAGUGAGCUUUCUCAAAGGCAGUCGGCACUUAUUCAGGCUAGGUAGCUAGGCUCGUUUUAGCCUGAAUCGCAUGAUGGUGCUCUAGAUGCAAUUGCACGAAGUGCCAGCAGCGACUUCGAUUGCAGUAAGUGCGAAUAGCAAGAUGGUUGAAGGAUUAGAUCGAAAGAAACCCCCCAGUGAAUGCCACGUCAGCAGCGGUGCCAGUACCAACGGGACGACUCUCUUGGAGGUAGACGACGGCGAAGUUUCGCACGUCUCGCAAGACGGCGAGAUUUCGCGCGCUUCACGAGACGGCGAGAUUUCGAUUGCUUCACGAAACAGCGCCGUUACCCUCGGUAACAACAACGACGAAGCGCCUGAAAGUGUUCUCGACUCGAUUCCUUCCGAUUCGGAUCCGCAAUACCGGGAGUUCCGCGAUAGCGAGCGACUUGCAUCUGCAGACGCAUCAUGCUGCACUAACGACGACGAUGCGACCUUUGACUCGAGUAAAGAAAUCGAGCAUGGCGGCUCGAUCAGCGGAAUCGACGGCCAGAUUGGCGAACGCGGCAGGAACGGAAACUGCGGAGAUCGGAGGAGAGAGGAGGCACAGGACGAAGAUCAGCUGCCAGAUCGAUCUAGUCACGCUCGGUUUAGUCACUCGAGCUGCUCCGCUGCUAGAGGGUCGGGGAAUGCGUCAACAGAUGCGUUGAUUGGCGGGCUUAACGCGGAGCUUGCGAAUCAGUGGGCUCAGUCGCUCGGAGUGGCCUUCGGCGCUAUCAUUUCCGAGGUGGAGUCACAUGUGCUGACGUCACAGCAGCCCAUCCCCAUUGACGACCUUUCCCAGAUGAUCGAGGCUUCUCUCGCUGCAGGAACAGCACGCAGCAGCAGCAGCAACAGCAGGAGCAGCGGUAUUAAAGGAACUAAUCUUUUACAAACUGCGGGUACAGAUGGUGCAGCAGCAGAAGCGGCAGCAGCAGCGGCGGCGGUUGUGGUGAGGCACGCUCCUCUCCCCCCAGCCUUUCUCUCAGCUGCGCUAUCCACAUUCCGAACCUGUGCUCGCGUGCGUAGGGUGCUGGCUCGGACCGUGCCGAACCAAGCCGUGCCGAGCCGGGCCUUGCCGAACCAGUCUGUGCCAGGUGCAGCAGCAUGUGAGGCGGCAAUUAGCAGAUGUCGUCUUGCCACAGUUACUGCUGAUCCUGCUGCUGCUGAUGAUGAUCCUGCUGCUGCUGCUGCUGCUGUCGCCGCCGUUGCCGCUGUGGCUGCUCCUGCUGUUGUUUCGGCUCCUGUUCCUGCUCCUCUUGCCAUUGCUGGUGCUGGUAUUGCCGCUGGUGCUGGUUCUGGAGUAGAGUGGCGUCUUGUGAGGCAUGGGCAUGGGCAUGGGCGUGCGACCAAGGGUUCAAGGGAAGAGGGGGCUUGGGAGGGUGAGCUGAUGGGGAAUGCGGGAGGGAAGUCAAGCGAGGAAGAAGGGGUGGAGGAAGAAGAGGAAGAAGGGGUGGAGGAAGAAGAGGAAGGGCAGUCAGUAGGAGCGCUGAGCUCGCUCAUCUCGUCAUGUGAUCCCAUGGCUGCGGUGCUGCUGCACACUGAUGUGGCUGCAGGGUUAAAGGGCGGCGAGGGGGGCAGCAGUGGUGGCGACAAGGGGAGCAGCAGUGGUGGGGACUGCAUAGGGGAAGUAGAAAGGGGAGCGGUGUCGUCGUGUAACCCCGUGGCUGCUGUGCUUCUGCAGACGGGUGUAGCUAUGGGGAAGAGACGUGGCGGGGAGAAGGGUGGGAGGGCAGAGGGUGACAGCACGGAGGGUGACGAGGUGCUGAGUGGUUGUGAGCGGUUGGAAAAUAGUGAUUUGAGAAGCCAGAGGGCGCAGGGGAGACAAGGGGGGCAUGGGGGGCUGAAGGAGAAGGGGGAGCAGAAGGGAAAGGGAUUUUUUAGGGAGGUGAGAACACAGAGGGAGCAAGGGGGAGAGGAAGAAGGAUGGGGCAUGACAAGCGAGUGUAAGGGAGGUCUAGGGAUGACGAAAGGGCAUGGCACUCUGAAGCAACAGCAGACCAGGCAAGCAGAGCAGAGGCAGUUUCCACAAAGGAAUCAGAAGAAGAACCAGCAGCAGCACUCACACACUCCUGCAGAAUCGCUCACUCCCACACACUCGCACACUCCGUCAACACACUCACUCACUCCGCCUACACACUCACACGCGCCUGCCACCCCUCUCACUCAGUCACCACCCCACCCUCCUCACUCACACUCUCCUCCGUCCCCAACACCCUCCAUCCUCUCGCAUGCUCCUGAAAGCCUUUCGCCCCCCGCCCACCCAUACCACUCCAUACCGAGGCAUCCAUACCAUCCCAUGGCCAUGCAUCCAUGGCCUUCGUCCAUACCAUCUGUACAAGCACAAGCAUACGCUUACAAUCACGCAUGUGCAGACAACCAUGCAUGCGCAGACAACCACGCAUGCGACCAACAGCAGCAUCACCACUUACCCGUCCCAAUGUCCAACCACGCCCUCUCUCUCUUUGGAACAUCCUCCCACCAACACACCUCUCUCGUCCCUGCUGCACCCCCCUCCCACGCACUCACAGCCCCCUCCCACGCCAUCUCAUCCCCCUCCCCGUCCCUCCUCGCCCUUCGCUACGUGACCGCGCUAGAGGAGAGAAACCGCCUCUCAGCCGCCAAGCUCUCACAGACAGCCCUAACCGUCUCCCUGCAGACGCAGCACUUAGCCGCCACAGACCGAUCCAACCACCUCAUGGCCCAAAAAGUGGAGAUUUCUAAGGGGGAGAAGGCGAGGAGGGAGCGGGAAGGGCGGGAGAGGCGAGGUCGGGAGGAGCUAGCAGCGUUUGCCAGGGCGUGUGCUGAUGAGCUGGUUGCGGGGCUGCUGGUGAUGCUGGUGGUAAUAGGAGCCACCGGGUGGAGGUUUGCAGGGGAGAGGUUGGCUGCUGGGGUGGCGGCGUGCCAGAUUCGGCACGAUCCUUCGUUGGAUGCUUCGUCGUUUUGGGGGUUUUCGUUUUCCCGCCCGGACCGGUCGCUGGUGACGUGGCUGCGGCUGAUUGGCUGCAAGCUGACCGUCGCAGGGCAGAUGCUGGUAGCUUUCUUAGUCGCAUCAGCAACCACGUAUAUCAUGCUGCUUAACAAUGUGGCUGCUGCUACUGGUGCUAGUAGUGCCCACUCCCGCCCUGCCACUACCAUAGUGCUCUGCCUUGGCUGUGUGUGCGGUUACUUUGGGUUCUAUGCGGUGCGGCUGGCAGGGGGGGAUGCGGCGGUGUGGCUGGUUUGCUGGGAGGGGAUGUGUGUGCUGCAUGCGCUGGUGGCGUGGCGCAAGGAGCAGCUGUUCCGGGUGCUGUAUGGGCGACGGGCGGGAGAGGAGGUGGAAGAGGUGAGGAGAGAGAUGGUGAGGGAGGAGGGGGAGGAGGAGAGGAGUAGGAGGAUGGGUGAGGCUGGUACAGAAGCAGCAGUGGUAGGAGCAACAGGAGUAGCAGUAGGAGGAGCAGGAGGAGUAUCAGCAAGUGGAGGGGCAGCAGCAGCAGCAGCAGCAGCAGCAGCAGCAGCAGCAGCAGCAGCAGGAGUUGAUGCGGCGGGAGCAGCAGCAGCAUCUGUAACAGCAGCACAGGGGCUGAGGAGAAGACGAGGAGGAGACAGAAGGGAACAAGCCGGGCCUUCUAGAGAGCACACUGAGAGGAAUGACCACGUGGACCGAGGCAGCACAGGGGGCGUGGGCUGGAAGGGGUGGGGCGUUGGGAAGGUGCUGGGGGUGGUAUGGGGGAGGAUGGCUGAGCUGGUGACAGCUGUCAUGGAUGAUGACGUGGAUGGGUGGCUCAUGGGACGACGGGCGGCGAGCAGGAGAGGGUCGGACGGCAGGUCAGCAUCGCGUUCGUCGUCUUCUUCCUCUUCGCUGUGUGAUCCGACAGAGAGCGAGCCGUCAUCGUCUGGACGGCGCUCAUCCUCCUCGUCUUCUGGGCGGCGGUCGUCGUCGGUGUCUGUGACCUCAUCAUCACCGUCGUCAUUAUCGUCUGAACCAGGACGACCGUCAGGCAUCUCGGGAGCAGCAGCAGCUGGUUCCACAUGUUCAUACACACCACUGUCCUCCACCGUCUCGUUACAGUCACUCUCGUUAUGGCCACGCCUCAUCAUCACUCUCCUCACCUCCUGCUUCACCUCCAUUCUUCACUCCAUGCAGUUACUGUUCACCAACCCUCAAGCUUUUUUCCUCAUCUGCUGCAAAUGGGCCCACUCAUUCCUCCGCCCUUCCCUCCCCCAUAUCCUCCCUCCCCCCCCUCCCCCUUGGGUGAGACGCCUCCUUUUCCACCUCACCCUUCUCCUCCUCCUCCCUGCAGCUGCUGGUGCGCUGCCCUUUAUCACCUGGGCAGAGGCCAUCCACUUUACUGGAGCACUCUUUAGCGAAGCUUGGGUGAUGGCAAUGGGUUGGGUCUGGCAACGGGAGGCACGUCGGCAAGGGCCUGAGAAGGGUUUCGCAAGGCAGGGGUAUGGGGCCAGCAGCUUUGUUGACGUGUCUGCUGCUGGGAGCGCUGCUGCUGGGGGUAUGGGUUCAGGGUCGUCUGGAGCAGCAGGGGCAGUGGCUACUGCUGCUGGCGGUGGUGGUGGUAUGGCACGGUACUGGGACGAUGACCUGUGAUGAGGUGCUGGUGGCGAAGCAAGGGAUUGGGCACAGCAGAGGCUCAGUUGGUGCAUCUGUUUCUGGAAGUGCUGCCAGUGGCGGUAUACCAGCACCAUAGGUGUGGCUGCCGGUGGUAUGGCAUGGCACAGUAUUGGGAGGCUGACUUGUAAGAUGUAAGAUGCUGAUAUUGAAAGGGGGGUAUAUACCACACUGGAGUUUGAUGCACACUCUCAGAU